UGAAGGCGAAUCUCGACAGGCUCCUUCGGACGGAGACGAGGGCGGCAGCAACGGUCGCGGACACAGCGAGAGGAGCCGCCUGGCUGGGGAGGCAACGGAAGUAGGGCUGUCCGGGAGGACCGACCACAGAACGCCGCCACGCCUCUCCGCCUAGAGUGGACUGUGAUCAUCGAGAAGAGGGUGGCUAGAGUGCCACACCCACUUCCGGAUGCUGCUGUGGAAAUCUAGGGCGACCCUCCCUCUUAGGCUCAGCCACACUUCCGGUUUCUAAUGGAACAAAUUUUUCCCACUCAGAAUUAUUUUUCCCACAGGGGCACCCCCACGCCUCUCUCAAUUCAUAUGGAAUUUCGGACGCUCUCAAAUUCUUUUUUAACCAUUGCGGGGCUCCAGUCUUUGGUCAGUCUCUAUGGUCUGGGGUGGCACCAUGGAGCUCAAAGUUCCUAGCAGUGCCAACUGAACUUCCGGUAACAAGUUGGCCCCAAGUUGACUGUAGAGAAAAGGAGGCUGAGAAGGGAGCCUGGAUCCCUCGCCUCAGGAAAAGCCAUGGCCGAGCACGGGGCUCAUCUCACCACUGCUCCGGCCUUUGAAGACAGGCCAUCUAUCUUUGAGGUGGUGGCGCAAGACAGCUUGAUGUCUGCUGUGAGGCCUGCGCUUCAACAUGUGGCAAAGGUGCUAGCAGAAUCCAACCCAGGCCGUUAUGGCUUCCUCUGGCGCUGGUUUGAAGAACUCUACACACUCCUGGAUCUGUUGCUCCAGCAGCACUACUUAUCCAGCUGCAGCGCCUCCUUUUCCGAAAACUUCUACGGCUUGAAGAGAUUGCCGCUACGAGACGGCAGGAGGCUGCACCGGCGGCCGGUCACUGCCGGACUGCCGCAGAAGCAUCACUGGAAAUCCCUGUGCUUGCUGGUCCUCGUCCCAUAUCUGAAAACUAAGCUGGAGAAGCUGGUCUCCCGGCUGCGGGAAGAGGACGAUUACUCCAUCCAUCCGCCGUCCUCGGCCUGGAAGCGGUUCUACAGGGCCUUCCUUGCAGCCUACCCUUUUGUCAACCUGGCAUGGGAGGGCUGGUUUCUGGCCCAGCAGCUGUGCUACAUCCUGGGGAAGGCUCAGCAACACUCACCCCUGCUGAGGUUGGCUGGGGUACGCUUGGUCAGGCUCACGACCGAAGAUCUGCAGGCCCUGGAGAAGAAACUUCUGGCUGCUAGCACAGCUCAGCUGCCAACCAGCAGCAUGAAAGACCAGGUGAAGUCGGCCAUGAAGAAAGCUUUGGGGGGGCUGGCCUUCUCCCUCUCCACCGGCCUCUCUGUUGGAGUCUUCUUCCUGCAGUUCCUGGAAUGGUGGUACUCGUCCGAAAACCAGGAGAACAUCAAGUCACUGACUGCCUUGCCCGCCCCGCCGCCACCCCUGCACCUGGAGCAUGACAUGGCUUCCCCCCUCUUGCCGAAGCUCAAAACCAUCUGCCCCCUCUGCCGCAAAAUCCGAGUCAACGACACGGCCCUCUCCACGUCCGGCUUUGUGUUCUGCUACCGCUGCGCUUACAGCUACGUGAAGAGCCGUCAGCAGUGCCCCGUUACAGGCUAUGCCACAGAACUCCAACAUCUGGUCAAAUUAUACAUGCCUGAAAACUGACCCGAGGGGAAAUCCUUGGGCACAUACAGAGGGGGGUGUUUCCAUAGGGUGUUUUGGAAAACAACAGAUAUGGCAGCGAAGAGACAUUCCAGAGUACGUGGUCACUGUGAGCCCCGGGACCUUUAUACUCACCCUAUGAAAAACAGCUAUGCUUUGCUCUUUCUCAAGUUGGGAAAGUUGGGCAGGUUUGUUUUGCAAGUCGAGAGGGAAGAUGAUGCUGGACCUAACUGAAUUAGAGCUCGGCCCGACUAAUGUUCUGUUUCUUGACUGCUAGAUCAACCCAGCAAGACAGGACUGAAGAAAAAGCAGCACCUCCUUUCUUCAUGUUGUGAUUUCAGGGCUGGGACCUGCAGCUUUCUUGUAUUUUGUAACGAUAGAGCCUCCAAGCUUCUCAAAGCAGAGCUUGGCAAACAUGAUGUAUAGUUAUGCUCUUAAGAAUUAUGCAGAAUGAGGUAGAAAUCUGGUCGAUUGAUAGCAGAGUGUGCCUAUUUUUGUAAACGUUAAAAAUCCCUGAAGGUAGUAAAGCCAGCUCUUCAGACAAAUGUUCAGAUGAGCCCUUGUGUGCUAGCUUUCUACAUGUGGACCCAUGAGCAGGGAAUUCAAGACUGUGGCACAAUCCAGAAUUUUUGCUGUGUCACUUUGAACUGUGUUUUGCCUAACUCGUAGGCUAUAUGUAAAGCAAUGGGUGCUUUUCCCGCCAGUGUUUCAAAUAUGCAUCUGGGCAAGGGGUGGCAAUAAAGAGGAGGAUUUGCUAUGUGCACAUAA